AUGAACCAAGCAGGUCGCCAAACAUUCAACCAAAUGGCAGCAAUGCUUCGUUCAAGAACUACUAAUAAUGGACAAACUACAGGCGGUGGUAAUAGUGCAAUCAUAGGAGCGGGAUUAGUUAUUGGACUUGCAGGUCUUGGAAUGUUAAUAAACUUAUCAUUAUAUAAUGUGGAUGGAGGUCAUCGUGCUAUUAAAUAUAGUCGGAUUUCAGGUGUUAGUCCGAAAAUAUAUAGUGAAGGAACUCAUUUUUUUAUACCUUGGAUUGAAACACCAUAUAUUUAUGAUGUUCGUGCUAAACCAAGGAAUAUUGCAUCUCUUACAGGAACAAAAGAUCUGCAAAUGGUAAAUAUUACAUGCCGAGUCCUUUCUAGACCUAAUGUUGCUGCACUUCCAACAAUAUAUCGUACUCUUGGUUCAGAUUAUGAUGAACGAGUUCUUCCUUCAAUAGUUAAUGAAGUUUUGAAAAGUGUUGUUGCACAGUUUAAUGCAAGUCAACUUAUUACACAAAGAGAAAAAGUAUCAAAACUAGUUCGAGAAAGUCUCGUUCGCCGAGCGGAUAUAUUUAAUAUAAAACUUGAUGAUGUUUCAUUAACACAUGUACAAUUUUCACCAGAGUUUACAGCAGCAGUCGAGGCAAAACAAGUAGCACAGCAGGAAACACAAAAAGCAGCAUAUUUAGUUGACCGUGCCCGUCAAGAAAAGCAAGGUGCCAUUGUUAGAGCUCAAGGAGAAGCAAAAUCAGCUGAGCUUAUUGGCGAAGCUAUUAAAAAGAGUAAAGGCUUUUUAGAAUUAAGAAAAAUUGAAGCAGCCAGAGAAAUUUCACGCAUUCUUUCUGAGGGUAAUAAUAGAAUAUUUUUAAAUGCAGAAAACUUAAUGCUUAAUGUUGCUGAACAAAAAGAUGAAACAGUCAAAAAAUAA